AUGAGCCUGAGCAGCCGAUUCGACCGAGUCAUGACCAAGGCAGUCGACGACAGCGUGGACCAGUUUCAGCAGCUGACAGUUCAGGAAAUGGGAGAUGCCAAGGUUACGUUUGGCAAAGCCCACAUGGGGCGAACCUAUCUGGAAAUGUGGUUGGAGGAGCAAAACUGGAUCAAAUGGUUCAUCAGGACUUACUCAGACAGCCAAAAGGUGGAACAUCGAAAGCUCCUGAUUUAUGUCGAGAAGAUGAUAUCAGCUCACGAGCUGGAGCACAAACUGCCUCCGAUGGAGUCCAUGACACAGGGAGUUGUCAUGCCACGCUGCAAAGGGCAACCGAAAGCCAAGGCAUCCACAGCCGUGGACCCUUUCAUGUUCAUGGAAGCCAGCUCCAACAUCGGGACCGAGCAGUGGGAUGUGAUGGACCCAGAAGAGAUGUUGGCCCACAAUGCCAGGGGGCUCGACGAAGAUCCACACCUGGAGAGCAUCGAAGCCCUGCAGGCCAGGAUGUUGCAUGUGGAGAGUGCGCUGAUGGAGAUCUUGCAGCACGUUCGCCCGGAAUUUCAAGAAGUCUCCAAACGCGUAGGCAGCCGAUCAGCAAAGCCAAUUCAGAUGCUCGAGGUCUUCUGCGACCUUUCCACCAAAGAAGGCAGAGAAGGUUUGUUUGAAAUUGUCGUUCAACAGAAGCCCAACCACCUAUGGUAUAGCCCGACCUGCGGGCCUUGGAGUUCAUGGAGUCAGUUCAAUGAGAUGAGGAGCACCGAAGGCUUUGCCGAAGUGCAGCGGAAGAGAGAAGAAAAUCUUUUCCAGUUGGCCCUAGGUUGCCCGAUUCGACAUGUGCAGAGUAGGAAAGUUGCACAGGUUUUGACAAAAGUCAGAUGUCAACGUAGCAAACCUAUGGGUUUGUCCGAGGCUUUUGCAUCCGACGCCAAAAGAAAUACCAGUGCAUCCCUGGCACCUGCAUCCAAGCGAGCGAAGCUGACACCCGUCAGUCCACUGAUUGAGCCCAGUGAAAUGCCGGCAAAGAAGCGUCGCCUCCAUGAGAAGACCACCGAUAAUGUAGGACUUCAAGAAGUGUUUCAUGACAAACAAAUAGUUCGGGUUGUGAUUUGCAAAGGGACGGAGAGAACCAUCACUCCCCCGAAGAAUAUGAUGCCAGCAGAAGCUCCCUUUCGCAGAGCCAUCAUCAUCCAAAGACAAACCAAAGCCAUCAAAGUUGAAGGUCAAUGGGAGGAAUGGCGCCAUUUGUCAGCCCGACAGCUGUGGCGACGGUCACAUCCCUCCUUUUUGAAUAUAACAGUGUUCGCUCGAAAUCCAACCGAGAUUUCAUCACCUGCCAGUGAAAGCCAGAGACCAAUCAGCCAUGAGGCCACUGAACCAAGUGUUGCAGCCCAAUCUUCGGUACCGGAUGUGCCAACCAAUGAACUCUCGAACACACCCGCCUUUGAGAGUCAGCUGCAACCACCGAGUGUCGCAACACCCGAAAGCACCAAGGAUCCAAGUCAAAUAGACUUCGAAAGCAAGGACCAUGGUUCGAAGUUCAUGACGAUGUCACCGGAGAACAAGAAACUUGCUAUUCGACUUCACAAAAACUUAGGCCACCCAGAUCCCACCAAGUUGAGUAAGGUACUUCAGCAAAGGGGUUAUUCUGAUGAACUGGUGCGAGGAGUGUUAGACCUCAAAUGUUCCGUAUGCCAAAUGCAACAGCAACCAAGACUCCAACGUCCUGCGACACUGAAGGAGGAACUGAAUUUCGGUGAUAAGAUAUCAAUGGAUGGGGUAAAAUGGAGUAACAAACAGGGUCAAGAUUUCCAUUUUUACCAUUUCAUUUGUCACGGUACCAACUACCACACUGCAGUAGUGGCCCCGAAUCGAGCAGAAGUUCAGGAAAGAUUCACCUCUGGAUGGCUCAACUGGGCUGGUCCUCCCAACACAGUUAUCAUGGAUUCAGCAUCCGAAUUUGUGUCGCAAGCAUUUGAAGAGUUUCUUCAAAGCAUGAAUGUCCAAUGUACAGUGGUCCCACCAGAUGCUCACUGGCAGAUGGGUCGCAUUGAGCGUUCCAUUGUUGGAGAUGACACCUUGCCAGCUCAUGCCAUCGCUACCAAUGAUGACAGCCAGGGCAUUCGCUUUAGGAAAGUGCUCGCGAUGCGAGAGACAGCACGAAGAGCCUUUCAUGCAGCCGACAACGACAUGGCACUUCGUCGUGCAGCACUGAGAAGAGAUCGUCCACAUAGAGGGGCCUAUGAACCUGGGGAAUGGGUAAUGGUCUGGAAAUUCCACAUAGGUAAGGGUUCCUGGAUUGGUCCUGCAAAUGUAAUAAUCCAAGACGGUCCAACAUCAGUGUUUUGCAACAAUGCAGGGUCUGUACUGCGGGCUGCUCCAGAACAUGUACGUCCAGUCAGUGCGGUAGAAGCCAGACUAAUUCCCAUGACAGAAAAUCCCAUAUCCCUGUUGAGAACCUCACAAGUCCCACCACAUGCGCAGAUUUCCAAUAAUCCUUCAGAUCAAAUUCCCACCGAAAGCCCAACCAAUGAGAUUGCCAGACUUCCAACAACCACUGAAGUGUUUGUGCCAUCCGAAAACGCCAGACCAACCAGCUCAAGAGCAUCCGAACAGCCUGACCAAGAGCCUGAUGAAAAUUCCCAAGGUAACCUCACCAUUAAAAAUGAUAAUUCAUCACCCGACAAUAGUCCACAUAACCUACAUUUAAAUGACCCCGAAGCCGAAAGUCAACCCACCUUAGAACCUCAUGAAAUACCACUCCCUGAUGCCACCGAUGAUGAACUUUUGUGUGAUCUCCUGACUUGCACUGACGACGACAAGUCAGAUCUCUUCGCACCAGAUGGCAAAGACCAUGUCUGGAAAGCCGAGCUCGAAUUCACCAAAGCUCAAUUGGAUGCGAUGUGUUUUUCCCAGGAAAAUCCAUGUGAAGAAGAUUUCAUCAUGUUAGCAACAGCAUCCAAGAAACAACGGACUGAGGUCAAGUUAAGCACUCUAGAUCCUCAUGAGCGCCAGGAAUUCGAGGCUGCAAAGGCCAAGGAGGUGAACAACUGGCUUCAGACCGGGACUGUGGAAAGAAUGUUCCGAAAUGCCUUGUCACCUGAACAAAUCCUGAGAUGCAGAUGGCUGUAUGUUUGGAAGCCCAUAGAGUGUCCUAAAGAACAAAAAGAAAAUGGGGGGCGGAGUCGCAAAGCAAAAGCCCGCCUGGUGGUUCUAGGAUAUAUGGAUCCCCAACUGGAAACAAUUCCUAGAGACAGUCCUACACUGGGGAGAACUUCAAAAAUGCUGAUAGCCCAAGUGAUUGCCUCCAUGAGAUGGACACUCAUGUCUUUCGACAUCAAAGCAGCGUUCCUCCAGGGUCGCACUCAGGAAGGAAGGGAAAUUGCCAUUGAACCUGUCCCAGAAAUGGUGAAAGCCAUGGAUUUGAAAUCCACGGAGGUGUGUAAACUCAUUAAAUCAGCAUAUGGUUUAAUUGAUGCUCCAUUUCUAUGGUUCACAGAACUUGACACCACCCUGCGUAGCUUGAACUUCAUACCAUCCCCAUUUGACCCAUGCCUCUAUUUGCUGUUCAAACCAGGAGCAAAAGAGCCAUCGGGGAUCCUUGGGGUUCAUGUAGAUGAUGGUCUAUGCGGAGGAGAUAGUUAUUUCCAGUCUCAGGUGAAAGCACUCGAGACAAAAUUUCCUUUCGGAUCCCGGAAAUCUCAAAGCUUUGUGUUCACAGGGAUUGAAAUGAGUCAACAAAGUGAUUCCAGCAUCGUCAUGUCACAGGAAAAAUAUGUUUCCAAAAUUGAACCCAUCCACAUCAAACCAGAAAGAAAAUCCCAACUUGAACUUCCAGUCACCGAACGAGAGAGACAAGAUCUCCGUGCACUCAUAGGAUCACUUCAAUAUGCAGCCGUAAACACGAGACCUGACUUAUCAAGCAGGUUAAGUUUCAUUCAGAGUGACAUCAAUCAAGCGACCAUUGCAACACUCAUUCAAGGAAAUCAGAUACUUCACGAAGCAAAAAGACACAAAGACACCACCAUCCGUAUACAACCAAUACCCAUGGAUAAAAUCAGGUUUUUGGCAUUUUCCGAUGCAUCGUUUGCUUCCAAGAAACAGCCAGAAUCUCACACAGGAACUAUCAUUAUGACAACCCACGAAGAUAUCGGGAAGAAUCAUGUGUGCCCCGUGAAUCCCAUAAGCUGGGGAUGCAAAAAAAUUCAGCGAGUAGUGACAAGCACUUUGGCAGCUGAGACCACUUCCCUCAGUACCACUCUAGAUCAACUUUCAUGGUUAAGAUUGUUUUGGAGCUGGAUACGUGACCCCUGCACUGAUUGGAAGAAUUCAUCAAAAACUCUCAAGGAACUACCAUCAACCUUCACAACGGCCACUCUCAAAGAAGAUCCCUCGAUUGCAGUAACCGAUUGUAAAUCUUUGUUUGAUUUAAUCACCCGAACUGCUCCACCACAGUGCCAGGAGUUUAGAACCCAGUUACAAGCGAGAGCCAUCAAAGACAUGAUAGCUGAAGGAGUAAAGGUAAGAUGGGUCCAUAGUGCCGCACAGCUUGCAGAUGCAUUGACCAAAAUCAUGCAGACUCACUUCCUCCGACAUACCUUGAAAGUAGGUCAAUACAGCCUGCACGAUGAAGGGCAAGUCUUGAAGGAACGUGCCACAAGCCGAUCCCGCAUGAGAUGGUUGCAAACCUGCAACGAUGAGAAACUUGAAAAUAGUGAAGAAAAACAUCUUUUGGGAGUGUGA